AUGUCAUCCGCACGAUCACAACACCGACGCUCGGGUCUCGCCUCGUCCGGGGCCACAACCUCUCGAUCCACCUCGGCCAGUGAAGACGAGUCUCAUUUCUACCACGAAACGGAAGGUGGCAUAAGCUCUUCCGCUUCUGAAGCCGAUUCCUUGACAGACUCUGCCGAAGAGAACGAUCUCGAACCAGACGACUCAGCCUCAGUCGGUGGUGCUCAUAGGUAUACUCGUCCGGCGCUACCACAACGUGCAAACUCGUCCCGUUAUCACUCAAUCCCACAACGCACCGCUCCUCCUCUCGGUACCACCGUUCCAUACCCAUAUCGGCACGGUCCAGUGCCGAACCCUAUAGAAAGCGUGGAUUCCAACGACGAUUACGGCCCCCCCUUUGCCCCCCGUUCCGGCUACGGUCAUGUACCGGCGCCUGGCCAUGGGGGGCAUUCGGGCCAUCCUUCCUACUAUGGCGGCCGUGGUGGUCACCCGCAAGGUGGCUACCCUCAAAGUCACAUAGGCGGCUACGCACAGAGCCCAUUCGGCCAUCCCGCUAACCAGGUGGUUGCAUUUGGCUACAAUCCUAACCAUCCGUUCUCGCCCAUGUCGCACCAGAGUGGGCAAAGCUAUUUCGCAGAGCCUCGCCAGUCCCAGUACGAUAUGAUGCAGUACCAGCCACAGCAGGCCCCAGUUCACUAUAACCCGCAAGGCUAUGGACAGAUGCGUCAGCACAUGCAAUACAUGGGCGGAAACUACCCUCCUCCUCCUCCUACAGAAGCACCGCAACCGUCACAGACCCCUGCGCCCGAGCCAGCACCGCCAAAGGAAAAUCCUGAGAUGAAGAAGCUCCAGCAAGAGCUCGAACUCUUCAAGAAGAUGCAGGCUGAGAAGGAAGAACAGCAAAAGCAGAAAGAACUGGAGGCGAAACUUCGCAAGGAGGCAGAAGAGGACUUGAAGCGACGAAUGGAGGCCUUGAAGGAGGCCCAAGAGAUAGCACAGAAGGAGAUUGAAAAAGCCAAAAUCGAGGCCGAAAAAGCUGCCAGAGAAGCAAUCGAGGCCGAACGCAAAGCGGAGGAGCAGAGACAAAAGCUUCACCAGGAAGCCAUGGCCAAGGUCGAACGGGAGGCCAGAGAAAGGUUGGAACGCGAAUUGAAGGCCGAAGCUGAGCGCAAGAGGCUUGAGGAAGAGGCCCGUGUCAAGGCCGAAGCCGAAGCGAGGCAAAGGCUUAAGGAGGCGAUACAGGCCGAGGCUGAUGCCAGAGCCAAGGCCGCCGCAGAGGCAGAAGCUAAGAGGAAAUGGGAGGACGAAAUGAGGAAGAAGGCUGAAGAUGAGGCCCGAGCCAAGAUGGAGGCCGAGAAGAAGGCGGCUGCCGAAGCUGCCGCGGCGCAAGCAAAGCUCGAAGCUGAUCUCAAGGCCAAGGCCGAAGCCGACUGGAUAGCCAAAGUCGCGGCGGAGAAGAAGGCGGCAGAGGAGGCUGCGGCAGAGAAGAAGAGGUAUGAGGAAGAGAUGAGGUUGAAGGCCGAAGCCGCAAUUGCCGCCGAGAAGAAGGCUGCAGAGGAGGCUGCGGCAGCCAAGAAGAAGUACGAGGAGGACAUGAAGGCCAAGGCCGAGUUCGAAGCCCGGACCAAACUAGAGGCUGAGAAGAAGGCCGCCGAAGACGCUGCCGCCGCCGCCGCUGCCGCCAAGAAGGCCGACGAAGAGCUCAAGAAGAAGUACACCGAAGAGGCCAAACAAAAAUUCGAAGCCGACAAGAACAAGGGCAAGGACAAGGCCCCUAUCAAGUUCAAGGAUGCUGUGGGCAGGAAAUUCAGCUUCCCCUUCCACUUGUGCUCGACCUGGACAGGUAUGGAAGAGCUCAUAAAGCAAGCCUUCAUCCACGUGGACGUCAUCGGACCGCAUGUGCAAGAAGGUCACUAUGACUUGAUUGGGCCUAAUGGGGAGAUCAUAUUGCCCCAGGUCUGGGACAAGGUGGUCGAGCCAGACUGGACCAUCGAGAUGCGAAUGUGGCCAAUGGACAAGGGGCCUCCACGGGGCAUGCCUGGCCCUGGCGGCAUGCCGAUAGACCCUGGUUUCAGAGAAAGAAUGGCACACAUGCAAGGCAUGCCAGGCAUGCGACCGCACGGCCAUGGUCGCUUUCCACCGGGCAUGGUUCCUCCGGGUGCCCGGCCUGCCGGCGGCGGCGGUGGCGGUCCCCACCCACCACCUCCUCCGGGCUGGACCGGUCCCCCUCCCAUGCGUCCUGGCGGUCACGGCAUACCCGCCAACGUGGUAACCGUUGAGCCCGGCAAGUCCAAGCACAAAUCCAAGGCCAAGGGUUCGAUGCUGAGUUACUUGGCUGGCGCUGGUGGAAAGGCCCCCAAGAAGAAGUAA